AUCGAUAGGAGGGGCGAUCUCACAUCGGCCGACAGUUGUUUCCAAAGGACACAGAGGAGGAAAAGCAACAGUAUUCAUAGGGAGCCAAGUGCGGACCGACCGGCAACGAUUUCUUAAUCUAUUAUAAAGGAAACGCCGAGGACCGUCUAUUUCACACCUAUAAUUAUAGUAUUAGACUAAUUUGUAUUACAUACGACGGUAAGAAUAUCGUUUACUGGGGUUGAAUGAAGACAGAGAGCGCUGAGGUUGUCAGGAGAAGCGCUCGAGAGCUCCGCGGUGGAAGCUGGAAGCGCGCGCCGCUGUAGGGCUGAUGCGCGCGCCCUGUCCGUCAGCAGCGGCCCGCCAUGGCAGAGACCAAGAUUAUCUAUCACCUCGACGAGCAGGAGACUCCCUAUCUCAUCAAACUGGCCAUACCCGCCGAAAACGUCACUCUCGCCGACUUCAAAAAUGUCCUCAAUAAACCCAACUAUAAAUUUUUCUUCAAAUCCAUGGACGAUGAUUUCGGGGUGGUGAAGGAAGAGAUAUCUGAUGAAAACGCAAAACUACCUUGCUUCAACGGACGCGUUGUUUCAUGGCUGGUUUCCGCAGAUGGCUCUCAUGGUUCUGACUGUGGUUCUGUAUGCGCAGACGCUCAAGCUGAGCUGCCGCCCCCUCUGGAGAGGACAGGAGGCAUCGGAGACUCCAGACCGCCUUCAUUCCACGCGAAUGCUGCUGGGAGUCAAGAUGACCUGGGCAAUGACACUGAGCGUGAGGUGGGUCCAUCGGUGCGGAGAGAAAGAGACAAAGAAAGGGAGAGAGAGAAGCCUCGUAGGAAAGACACACAUGACCACGGAGGCAGGUUGAAUGGACACUCUCGGCCGGAGCGCAAACCGGACGCUGCUGGUUACGAGAGCUCUUCAACUCUGAUGAGCAGUGAACUCGACACUACAAGCUUCUUCGACUCAGAGGAGGACGAUUCCGCAAGCAGGUUUAGCAGCUCUACGGAGCAGAGCACAUCAUCACGGCUCAUGAGACGGCACCGUCGCCGCAGACGGAAACCCAAAGCGCCCAAGAUGGAGAGGUCCUCGUCUUUCAGCAGUAUAACUGAUUCCACCAUGUCUCUGAACAUCAUAACUGUCACAUUAAACAUGGAGAAGUAUAAUUUCCUGGGCAUCAGUAUAGUGGGGCAGAGUAAUGAAAAGGGUGAUGGAGGCAUCUAUAUCGGGUCUAUCAUGAAGGGUGGUGCGGUGGCUGCUGAUGGGCGCAUCGAGCCUGGCGACAUGCUUCUGCAGGUGAACGAUAUCAAUUUCGAGAACAUGAGUAAUGACGAUGCAGUGAGGGUGCUGCGAGAAAUAGUCCAUAAACCCGGCCCCAUCACGCUGACUGUUGCAAAAUGCUGGGAUCCAAACCCCCGUAGCUGUUUCACCCUCCCACGAAGUGAGCCGAUCCGUCCCAUAGACCCUGCUGCCUGGGUGACUCACACCGCCGCUAUGACGGGGGCGUACCCAGUGUACGGUAUGAGCCCUUCCAUGAGCACAAUCACCUCCACCAGCUCCUCCAUCACAAGCUCCAUUCCAGAGACCGAACGCUUUGAGGAAUUCCAUCUGUCCAUUCAUAGUGACAUGGCAACCGUUGCCAAAGCACUGGCCUCAACAGAGUCAGGACUGGAGGUGCGAGACAGGAUGUGGUUGAAGAUCACCAUUCCCAAUGCUUUCAUAGGUUCAGAUGUGGUCGACUGGCUCUAUCAUCACGUCGAAGGCUUCACUGACCGGCGAGAAGCACGCAAAUAUGCCAGCAACCUGCUGAAAGCUGGAUACAUCCGCCACACAGUCAAUAAAAUAACCUUCUCCGAGCAGUGUUAUUACAUCUUUGGUGAUCUCUGUGGCAAUAUGGCCAGUCUCACCUUGCAUGAUCAUGACGGUUCUAGUGGGGCGUCUGACCAGGACACUCUUGCACCGUUGCCCCAACCUGGGGUAGCUCCCUGGCCUCUGCCUUUCCCUUAUCAGUACCCCAUCCCUCAUCCAUACAAUCCUCAUCCUGUGCACGAUCCCAGUUACAACCUCACUGCAGGGGGAGGAAGUGCCGGCAGCCCGCACAGCGAAGGCAGUCGUAGCAGUGGCUCAAAUCGCGGCACAAGCAAAAACGACACAAACGCAGCGGCUGGGGCGCAGGAGUCCGGAUCCAGAUCUGGGGGCAGCGGCAGCGAGUCCGAAAAAAGAGAUAAAGCUCCCAGCGAGCGCUCAGCGGGGCCUGCUAGCGAACACAGCGUGCGUAGCACACACACCAUCCGGAGCGUUCACAGCACACACUCUCACGUCCAGAGUAUGGUAUGCGGGCCGCCGAGUCUCCUGCCACCCGUAACAGCAGCACCUGGCUCGCCUCCCGGGCGGGACCUGACGUCAGUCCCCCCUGAACUCACAGCGUCACGUCAGUCUUUCCGCAUGGCAAUGGGAAACCCUAGUGAGUUCUUCGUUGAUGUCAUGUGAGGUGAUUCAGGGACACUCGGGACACUGUGAAAUAAUGGAGGAAAGAAGCGUGUUGGGUGUCCCUCCUAUUGUCCCUCCUGUGUCCUGUGGCUGGUAGUUUCUUCAGUGAAGAAGACUGGAACAGAUGGAAGGCUCGUGUAUCCCAUGAUGCUCUCUGAGACUGGAGCCUCUGAUUAAAGAUGCUGUGUGUAUGAGAUGCAGUGACGGAGUAUAGCGAAGCUUUUUUGAUGUAAUUUAGCUGCAUUUUCAUAUUUUGACCAAUUUAUUAACCUCAAGCUAAACCCUGUUUUUUCAAAGACGAACUAAAAUCAGAAAAAUAACAUAUGAAGAGAAAAAAUGAUACAUGGGAUGAAGGUGGGGUUACUUUAUCUGUUCCCAUUCAUCUUUUGCUUCUUAAACGAUGUACCUUAAUCAUUUUUUAAUAUUGAAAAACAAAGUAUCAAAAGAUAGACUUUUUGACCGUGAUUUUAUAUUUAUGUCUGUUGUUUUAUUAUUUCUGCUAACAAUUGUAGAGAGUGAGAGAUAAAGAGAGAGUUUACAGACAGGGCUUUUCAAGUCUGCUUUGCUCUUUGAAUUAAAUGAAUUUAUUAAACAUUCUUAUAUUCAGAUUAAAGACAACAUGAAAUGGUAUUUCUUUCUAAAGCAAUGUUAAUGUCAUUGUUAAACUGUUUUUUUUUCAAGAAUGCAAGCCAAAAUACAUCCUAAUGGUUGUAAGUCACAUUUCCCAUCUGAGACGACGCAAACAAACUCCUGAAUUUACCACUUGCAUUAAAUUAUUGCACUUAACAUUAAUAAUUAACCAAUAGCAAUAUUGUACUUGAUUUUCUAGCUAUUGUUUAACAUCAAAUUCAAAUUAAGGUGACAUCAGCUGAAAAAAAAAGGGAGAAAGUUAUUGCCCUUAUCAAUUUCAUAAAAGAUAAUUUCUUAAAACAAACGACACAAAAUUUCAUGUUGUCUUUAAAGAAUAACUUAAAUAGGGAGAUGUCCAGUCCUGUACUGUUAUUCUCUAUAUUAACCUGUGUUACUGCUGCUGAAGUUCAGUAAGGGUAUCAAGGUUUGAAAUGGAUCUGUAACAUUUUAACAUUUAAAAUAAGAUCCAGCACACACACAUGGAUGAAUAUGAUGCACUAGAACAGAGCUCUCUUCACUCUCUCAAUCCUCUCUGAACAACACAGUACUUAUUAUGUUCAUGUAUUGUCAUCAUUAACUAUCAGCACUCUUUGUACUCUGUCAUCUGUCUUUUCUUCCUUAUUUCAGAUACAUUUAUUACAUUUUUAUUAACUGGAAACAGAUUUAACAGUGUUAAAUGCUUCAGUUUCGUACCCACUGUAUACAAAUUGUUUUAUUUAUAAAUAUAGUUUAUUGUC